AAAUUGUACAGACGAGAAAUCAAGCCUCCGUUCAAACCAGCAGUGGGUCGACCAGAGGACACAUUCCAUUUUGAUCCUGAGUUUACAUCCCGCACGCCGACAGACUCACCCGGAGUUCCAGCCAGCGCUAACGCACACCAGCUCUUCCGCGGCUUCAGCUUUGUGGCCUCUAACCUGGAUGAAGAACAGCCGCUGGCCGAGACCAAGCAAAAUUCUGUUAACCCCAUUGUACAGCAACUUCAUGGCAACAACAUUCAUUUCACUGACGGCUAUGAGUUGAAAGAAGAUAUCGGCAUUGGAGCGUAUUCGGUCUGCAAACGUUGUGUCCACAGAAUCACCAGUGUGGAGUAUGCUGUCAAAAUUAUUGACAGAGCCAAGAAGGACCCGUCUGAAGAGAUCGAGAUUCUUCUGAGAUACGGCCAGCACCCAAACAUCAUUACUCUGAAAGAUGUCUAUGACGACGGCAAGUUUGUGUAUCUGGUGAUGGAGCUGAUGAGAGGAGGAGAGCUGCUGGACCGGAUCCUGCGGCAGAAGUGCUUCUCAGAGCGCGAGGCCUCAGCUGUGCUCUGCACCAUCACCAAGACUGUGGAGUAUCUGCAUUCACAGGGGGUUGUGCAUCGAGACUUGAAGCCCAGUAACAUCCUGUAUGUCGAUGAAACAGGCGACCCAGAGUCCAUCAGAAUAUGUGAUUUUGGGUUUGCCAAACAGUUAAGGGCUGAAAAUGGUCUGCUUAUGACACCGUGCUACACUGCAAACUUUGUGGCUCCAGAGGUCCUGAAGAAACAGGGAUAUGAUGCCGCCUGUGAUAUCUGGAGCCUGGGAAUCUUACUGUACACCAUGCUGGCAGGUUUCACACCCUUCGCUAACGGCCCUGACGACACACCAGAAGAGAUCUUGGCUCGCAUUGGCAGUGGGAAAUUUGCCCUGUCAGGAGGCAACUGGGACACGGUGUCUGACGCAGCUAAGGACAUUGUAACUAAAAUGCUGCAUGUGGACCCCCAUCAGCGGCUGACGGCACCUCUUGUUCUCAGACAUUCCUGGAUAGUGAACCAUGAUCAGUUAUCUCAGAGCCAGCUGAUCAGACAGGAUGUGCAACUGGUGAAGGGGGCGAUGGCUGCCACAUACUCCGCUUUGAAUCGGUCACCUCAGGCCCCAAAACUGGAGCCAGUGCUUUCUUCCUCUCUGGCUCAGAGAAGAGGCAUGAAAAGACUCACAUCCACUCGUCUAUAGCACUCCAGCCAGACACAUGAGCUUCUACCGCUUUAAGAAAUGUCAGAGCGCGCAGGCUUCGGACAAGGCACCAGGCGACCGCCAAAGCAUCCGGAGCAGAAUGGAAAAAUUGGAUUGACCACAGAGUGUCAGAGCAAUCUCCAAAGAGUGAAAAAUGAUCUGCCAAGUGUCUCUGCUGAUGUCAAGAGAUUGAUGAGGGCCAGAUGCAAACAUCACGGCUGUCAGGGCUCAAAAACAGCUCUUUCAGAGCGUGACGCGGGGUUUGUGUGUGUGUGUGUGUGUGUGUGUGUGUGUGUGCACCCCUGUGAAUUUCAGGUGUGUGCAUCUUGAAGCGUUUAGUUUUAAUGGUGCAUAACAAAGAUUGCAGUUAUUGUUCCCAAACUGUGUGCAGUCGGUUGCAAAGCCAGUCAUUCAUAAAAGUUGCUACUACUUGCUGCAGACACGUCAGUUAGAGCCAUGUAGAAGUUAGUAGAAGAUGUUUUGGUCUAUCAUGGUGACAGUGCUGCACCUUAAGCUAUGUGCCAGCAUCUUUUGAACAUGCAUGCCAUGUACAGUAUGUAUUUUUAUGACAAACUAAUGGUUCUAACAUGCUAGUGAAAGCACAAAGAGCAUUGUUCAUGUUGUUUUUGGUUUACUAGUAACCUUCUUUAAUGUCACAGUUUUACUCUGUUUUGUCUGAUUUCAUUGGUCUUGUGUAAUGCUGAGGCUACACAAAACAGCUGUUUUUAAUUUAUUAUUGUUUUCAUCUUGCGUAUUUGCACCACGUUCUUUUUAACGUAUUUA